AAAUUCAGUUCCAUGUACCCCAUAGUUUCAUCCCUUCUCUACUCUUUCUUUCAUCACCAACUUCACAACCGUCAUUAUUUCCAUUCUACUCUUCCAACUAUUUUUUAUCUCAAAAGUCAUGGCCUCAAAUCUAAACUCAAAAACAUUUCUUCUCUUCAACAUGCUUCUCCUAUUAGGUAAUUUAGCAUCUGCUACGGUGUUUACCAUACAAAACCAAUGCAGUUACACAAUUUGGCCCGGAACUCUUUCAGGCAACGGUGCCGCGGUUCUCGGUCAAGGCGGUUUUGUCCUACCACCCGGUGCAUCGAUUAACCUGAAUGCACCGGCAGGCUGGUCUGGACGCUUCUGGGCUCGAACCGGCUGCAAAUUCGACGAUGCAGGCACUGGAAAAUGUCUUACCGGUGACUGUCCCGGCGGACUAAACUGCAACGGAGGAGGUACUCCACCGGUGACAUUGGCAGAAUUCACCAUUGGAUCAGCCGAUAAUGGCGGCAAAGACUUCUACGACGUGAGCUUGGUCGACGGUUACAAUGUAGGUAUGGGUGUAUGGGCUACCGGCGGAACCGGUGAUUGCCAGUACGCCGGUUGCAUUGCGGACUUGAACCGUGUUUGUCCAACGGAACUUAGGAUCAAUGACGGCGGUUCCGGUGCGGUGGUGGCAUGUAAGAGUGCGUGUUUGGCUUUUAAUACAGAAGUAUUUUGUUGCACCGGCAAACAUUCGACGCCGGAUAGAUGUUCGGCGACGCAUUAUUCGGAGAUAUUUAAGAAAGCGUGUCCAACUGCUUACAGUUAUGCUUAUGAUGAUGCUUCAAGCACAUGCACGUGUUCUGGUUCAGAUUACCGUAUCACGUUUUGCCCCAAGGGAACAUCAUAGAUUAAUCUUUACAUAAAGUGUGACGAAUUUACUAUAAUAUAUCAUUUUUAGUUUAUUGGUUGUUUUUGGAAUUAUUGAACUAUUUUUCGUAACAUCAAGCAAGCAUCAAGACAUGAAAUGUUUUGAUGUACAGAAUCUCUGUUAAUUGAACCAGUGAUUGAGCUGGAAUGUUAUCCUCAAUUUUAGAUUUUA